AUGGUGCAUGAAGAACCAAAGAUGUGGCAUGAUGCACUUCCAGUAGCAUUAUGGGCAUAUAAGACUUCCAAGCAUGGACCUACUAAAGCAAUUCCUUUUUCACUAGUAUAUGGGAUAGAGGUUGUACUACUCGUGGAAAUUCUAGUUCCAUUUGCAAGAUUAGCUUUAGACACUGAAUCUGAUAAUGAUACUUUACAGAUGUUAGAAUUGGAAGCGCUAAAGGAAAGAAGAGAUAGAGAAAAGAAAAACUUAUCAGUUUAUCAGAAGAGGUUGAGUAAAGCUUCUGACAAGCUAAUGAAAAAGAGAAAUUUUGAAGAGGGUUAUCUAGUACUUCGUGCAACUGAACAUAUUAGAAAAGGAACCCCAACUUCUAAUUUAGUCCAAAAUAGGAAGGACCAUAUAUUGUCCACGAGGUGA